GCAUCGCAGCGUGCAGAGCUGGCUGGCGCUUGGAGCGCCCGUCCCUCUCUCGUUCCCACGUAGCAGACGCCGGGCCGCCGCAGCCAUUUGAUGCCCGUCUAGGGGCACCUCUUGAGUGCGGCGGCCGUGCCGCAUCACGUGGGCCUGUUCCCACGCUUUCCGCCGCUCGGCUUGCCGCGCCGCGGUGCGCUGCUCCUGCUUCCCCACCACAACAGCCACGAUGCAGGGUCUCUGGCCGUCGGUCCGCGAGCAGCAGCCGGCAGCGAGCGGGUCGACGCCAGCUCUGCGCCCAUCAAGCCGCAUCGCCGAUGAGGACGCGGGCACGCGAGACGAGGCCGUGUUGACGCGUCUGCGCAGUGCGCUCAAGGAGCCGCAGCCGUCCGCCGAGGCGCUGCUCGCUGCCUUGUGCACGCCGCUCGACCUCGUAGGCAUGUCGCUCCCGCCGGGGCUCGAGCGCUAUGCCGCUUCGCCCAGCUCCGUCCUCAGAGGCGCCCGCACCACGGCGUUGCGACCGCCGUUGGUUGCAGAAGUACAGACGGCGCUCCUCACCUCGCUCGCCGUGACGUGGGCCGCAGUGCUGCGUGAAGCCGGCCAAUGGGAGCCGCUGCUACAGUGCUGGUUCUGGCCGACAGCAAAGGAGGACUGCCGCUCGUUCGCAGCAGCGAUCCAGCACAGCACGCUCCGCAACAUGCAGGCCUGGCUGCCGCCCUUCGGCCAGCAUCCCGAGACGCGCGCCGCUCUGCGCAUCGUUCUUGAUCGCAUCCCUGCGGCGCUGGACUUCACCGCGCUCGCUGCCGAGGCUGCAAAGGAGACCUCGCCCGCUCGGUCCGCUCUGCUCUGGGACGAGGCGCUCAAGUCCAUCUGCAGUCUCGAGACGCGCGUCGCGAACUGGUCUCGAGGCGGCAUGCCACCGGCAUGGCGCGAGGACGCAUUCGCAGCGUCCAUCGGAGAGCAAAGCGCGCUCCUCAUACUCGUCAGGGCCAACCGGGCGGCCAUGCCAGACACCGCCACAGCCACGCUCUUCAGCAAGCUCGCCGGCUUCUCGUCUUCGUCUGCAUUCUGGCCUGCUCUUCUAUGGACUGCACUGCGCUCAGCUCCCUGGAGCGAGAUGUACCGCAGAGCCUGGCGAGAAGCGCUGGGCCCCUUGACACCCUUCAAGCGGAGAUCGUUCGUGGAAGGUGCGAUUGGCUUCCUCGCCCGCAAGAUCGAUGUCGGGCUUGUGGCUGCCAGCGAGAGGGCGUCGUCACAGGAAGGGACACUCUUCACCUCGGCCGAAGCAUCAGCAAAGCGCGAAGCGGCGAGGGCCAUCUUGUCUCUCUUCGGCCUCGAUGCGCGCCAGACGCGCGAGCGGGUCCAGUGGGCGGACAGCGAGGGUGAAGACGAUGCGCUCAACGAUCUUCACAGCAUCCUGUUCUCAGGCAUCAGCUGGGUGAAGCCAACCGCGAUGUGUGUCGUUCUUGCGUCGCUGGCCACCGACACAGCCCAGGCAGGCAGGCUUGCGGCCGCGGUGCUCAAGACGUGGGGUAAUCCGCAGCGCGUGCGCAGCGACACGCUCGAGCGUUCUCUCUACUGGACCACGCUCGUGAUCCUCCUGCCGUUACCCACGCCCUUCGACUCGCAUCUGCUCAGCGGCGUCUCGGCGCACCUCGAGCAUAACCAGCCGGCUAUUCGCAGGCUCGGCAUGCUCGUUGCUGAGCUCGUCAGCGUCAAGGCUGCUGCAUCGGGCGCGACGGGAAGCAAGCCGCUGACCUUUGGUCGCGCUCUGUGGGAUGGACCUGGAGACGGCCGCUCGGAGGCAAGAGCGCUCCGCCGUCUGCAUGCUGCGCCGCAGCUUGUGGGAGGCGGCGUGCCGACCGACGCCGUACAGCUGCUGGGCCUAGGCGCUUCUCUUUCGCCACCGCCACCGCCUCCUGCGGCGACUCUUCCUGUCGUUCCUCGCCAUCGGUCAGCGCCGAUCAGCGAGGCACUGCCGAGACGAGUGCCAGCGCCGCAGCGGUCGCGCCCUCUCAUCCAGGCGCUAUCUGACGACGAGCUCGAUAGCGAAAUCUCGCUGCAGCCAAGCACCGGUUCGAAGCCGUUGGUCUCGCGCAUGUCGGACUGGUCGUCGUCGUCAUCUUCUGAGGACAACUCGUCUUCGUCCUCUGGCGACGAGAUGCCUCUAGCGGGCCUGGAGGAGCUUGGCAUUGGCCCGGACGCGAUACCCGGUCUCAGCAAGCCCAAGGACGAGGAGGAGUUCGGCAUGGGCGUGCCGAAGAAGAAGCGCCGGCGCACGCCGGUCUAUGUGGGCGAGCUUGCGCCUCUCUUGCGCGAGCAGGACCGCUCUGCCAACCGGCUGGGCCUGAAGUCUGCAGCGUCGUUGCUGCGCAGGAAGCGAGGGUGGGGCGGAGAGAUCGACGACAACGCCGUCGAUCUUGCCUUCGCGCUCUGCGGCAUGCAAGACAACUACAGUCUGAAGGCCUUCGAGACUCGGAGAGGGCAAGCCUUGUCGGCUCUGCUUGUGGCGUCGCCGCGUCUCGCCGCGCCCGCGAUCAUCGAACAGUUCUUCCAUCACCAAUAUUCGCAAGCACAGCGAUCUGCGAUGCUGAUCGCGUUGGCGACCGCAACGCGAGAGCUGUCGGGGCUGGCGCCGAUGCCGGACGCCUUGCCGACGGUCGAGGCUCUAGCUGAGGAUCUGACGCACGCGGCCGCCAUGCGAGCCCGCGAAGAGGGAGAGGCGCGCGAGCCCGCAAUCCAGAAGGAGAAGGCUUUGCGGCUCGGUCGGGCGCAGACUCGCCUCUCCGCGGUCACCGCCCGCAGCGCGCAGUCUACGCUCCCUGGCGCCGUCGUGCGUCCAACCGAGCGCUACGCAGACCUCGCCGGCAGCGCGUUCCUGUUUCCUCUCAUCGGCCACACCUGGCGAGCGCUCGAGAGCGUCGGAAGCCGCGGCCGGACAGCGGCAGGGGCAGGCGGCCUGCUGGCGCCGUCGAUGGUCUCGCGGCUGCUCGACACACUGGCCGUCAUGUCGCACGCCGCACGACACGCUCCUCCCUUCCGCGCUCAGCUCGUACCCGAGCUGCUCGAGCUGGUAUUGGCCGUCUGUCGCACGCCUCUGCAAGACUCGGAGCAGGCAUCUCUCGACAGCGGCCGCGAAGCCGUCGCUGGCUCUGCGGCCAGCCUGGCGCUCGUUCUCCUCGACGCUGUCUGGGAGCUGGACGGCGGCGCGUCGCUGUUCCGCGGCCGAAUCGGCCUGCUCAUCGACGUGGGCGAUUGGGCGCAGCAGCUCUUUGCGCGCGAAGACAGUCGAGGCCAGUCUGCGGCCGCGAUGGGACGGGCGGGCCGAGCAAGCGCUGCUCUGCUACUGCGCAUCCAUGAGAUGCGGUCUCUGAGGCAAGGAGGAUGACGUGCAGGAGUAUACGCACGUACGGACAUCACCAAUCAUUCAUUCAUAGCGA